ACAUGACGUCACGGUCCACAUUGCGCGUGGUCCGGGCUGCCGACGUGGCGCGCGAGCUUCUUGGCUGGGCGGAAACGGGCUGCGCGCGCUGUCAGAGAGACACCGGGGCAUCAUGUCACAAGAAGAUGCAGUGGGCGACACCGGCGUACCCCCUGACCCCCCUGUUUUUAAAACACCUUCAGACGAAAACGCUCCUGCAGUUGCAGACAAAACAGACGAGCCAUUUUCCAGUCCUUCGCCCUCAUUGGACGCACAGGAGCAUGAGCCGACCAAAGAGGGUGCAGAAAAAUGUGCUCCAGUCAGCCAGGUCACAGAGCCACCUCAGGACCGGUCAGAGGAACGCGGCUGCGAUCAGGUGACCGAAUGCAGCGAAACAGUGAGCUUGGAGCCGGAGGCUGCGGAAGGGGAGCUGGAGCCCUCAGAGCAGCCCACAUCUAAAAGUUGGGGUGGUUGGGGAUCCUGGGGAAAGUCUUUGUUGACGACUGCCACCUCCACAGUAGGUCAGGGGUUAAGCUCAGUUCGGGAGAAAGCAGGCGUGGCCUUGCUGAUCCGCAGCACGUCAUCAUGCGAGGAAGCUCUGGAGGUUGAAGAACAUCAUGAGGAAGAGGAUGACUCCGUGGCUCAGCCCAUCAGCCCAACCAACAGAGGAGUGUUCUCGUCCAUCACCAGCGCUGUACAAAACACUGGGAAGUCUGUGCUGACCGGAGGACUCGAUGCGCUGGAGUUCAUCGGCAGGAAGACGAUGACCGUGCUGGCGGAGAGCGACCCAGGAUUUAAGAAGACCAAAAUCCUCAUGCAGAGGACCGUCUCGCUCUCGCAGAUGCUGAAGGAAGCCAAAGAGAAGGCGCGCGAGGGGCUGAGCAGCCAGACGGUGUGUGAACCCACGGCUCAUUACGGCAUCCUGUUUGAUGAUUAUCAAGGUCUGUCUCACCUGGAAGCUCUGGAGAUCCUGAGCAACGAGAGCGAGGGGAGGGUUCAGCAUGUUCUGUCCUCCCUCGACGGCGAGCAGUUGGAGCUUCUGAAGAAGGAGCUGAUGGAGAUUAAGGAGAUCUUCGAGGCGAGGGAGGAAGAAGAAGAAGAAGAAGAAGAAGGGGAGGGGACGGAGGAGACGGGUUCAGGGGGAAACGCUGCAGAUGGGGAGGAGUUUGUCAGUGUUCUCACGGAGCUGCUCUUUGAACUGCAUGUUGCUGCUACACCAGACAAACUGAACAAGGCCCGAAUAAAGGCGUAUGAUUGGAUAAGAGAGAUGGAGAAUCCCGUUACCAAGGAGGAAACGGAGGAAGUGAAAGAAGAGAACUCCGAGUCGCCCCCUACAGGACAGGAGGAUGCAGCCGAAAAACAAGAAGCGGGGACAGAAGAAAUAGAGAAAAACACAGAGCAAAGCAAGACGGACAAGGUUGAGAGUGUGUAUCAGUGGUCGAUAAGCAGUCUUGCUGAGGUGACCGCUCGGAGUAUAGAGCAGCUCCAUAAAGUGGCGGAGCUCAUCCUGCACGGACAAGACGUGGAGAAACCAGCGAGCCAGCAGGCCAAAAUACUUUCCAGACUGACUUGCGCUAUGUGUAAGGAGGUCGGCUGUCUGACCCGCAGAUUCACAGAUACACUCGUGGCUGUAGGGAGUCGGAGAAAAGCAGAAGAUCUGAAUCCUCUGGUGAACAGCGUGAUGCUUGAGGGCUCUAACAGCACGACCUACAUCCACAACGCGUUCCAUCUUCUGCUGCCGGUUCUGCAGAUCUCUCACAUCCAGACCAGCAGAACCUUGGCUAGAACCGAACCGGAACUGGAACCAGAACCGGCUCCUACAGACUGACCCGCUCGCCCUAUGUGUGAUUUGGACGUGUGAUUGUGUCUACGCAAAGCCAUGUGUAUGUGUCAGCUUUAUAUUUUUCGGUGAAAUCAUCCACAUGCAGAUGCUCAGGAUCGGAUAAAUCAGAGAGAAAAUAAUUCUAGGAGAAUGAAUUAAGUUAUUUUUAACACUAGCGCCAGGUGUAAUAAUCAGAUAUUGUACUAUAAGAUUAAUUACUGUACAGACGAAUAUCAAGCGGAAGUCACUGUAUAACAUGUAACAGAUUUGACAUUUCAUUUUCCUUUACGUUUCACCAUGUUUUUAAUAUAACCAGUAGGUCACACGUCAUUUCAUCAAAGCUGUGUGCAUUACCUCUUAUACCACGCCGCUCGUUAUAUCAGCGCACUCGUUCUAAUACGGUAUUGUUUCUAUAGUAACAGCUUGUACGGGCGGACACGCCCCUCAUAACCUAUGACUAAUGAUAGAUUAAACGGAUUAAAAAUGUGUUAUUUGUUUUGUAAGGUUUAACAUUUACGGAAGGAGUCUCCAGCGUCAGCGCUUCGUAACGACGUAACUUUACGUUUUCCGCCGUAGGAGAGUCCUCACGACGGAGGAGUUUUACGCCUUGCGGUUUCCUUGUAACAUGACGAGCUGCGCGUUUUGUCUGUUUUGUUUGAAAAUAAUCAACUUCGGGGCGGUAACAGUAACUCCGCUCCAUCACACCACCAUUAUAUGGUUUACAUUUACAUACAUCUGGACCAUGCAUGUAAGAUGAACCAUGUAGACGUUACGACAUGUUAAACAUCCUUGGUGAAAUCUGUACGCGACGAUUACCAAAGAUCUGUGAUUACGGUUUUAAGGGUUCGAUGAUUUGUUUAACAAUUGGCGUUUCCAAUUUUCAAACCGAAGGCUUUGGCCAGCCCACUUUUACUUUGUAAUCAUAAAGAACGUGUUUACGUUGUAAAACUAACCAGCUAACUAAAGAACGGUGUAGAUAUUGUUAAUUUGUACUGACUUUUCAAUUCAUGACGGGAUAUUUCAUUCCGAUCUGCGGCAUGCGUUUAUCUGUGACUGAAUUAAUUACCGGUUUAUUUUCGAGAACAAAGAAGUAUGUUUCGUAGCAUCUUAUUCGCUAAAAAAAAUUGACUUAUUUUUUAAUAAUUCACCGAAAGUCGAGUUCAUGUUUAACUGUUGUUUUGUUAAAUGUAAUUUUGUAACAUUGGAAAAAGAAAAAAAAUCCUAUUUAGACACUGUGCACUAUUGUAUAAGAAACUCCAAGAAAAUUCUAUAUUAAAUUCUAUCAACUUUGCUGUUGCCUUACAGAGAAUGAUUCACACAGUCGAUAUUAAUAAAAUAAAACG